AUGAUUGCUGGUGUGCUAGGAGGGAAUCCCAACGGGGCGAGAAUUAGUGCUAACAGACAGCUGGGAGAAUUUCAAUGGAAUAAUCUUCCAUUGUUAAAAGGCACCCAUGAUCCUGAAGAUGCUCAGAAGUGGAUGAAGGAGAUCGAAAGGAUCUUUCGGGUGAUAGAUUGUGCUGAGAAUGUGAAGGUGAGAGAUGAACUUGAUGUUGAUGGUGUAGAAAUUACUUGGGCUGUGUUCAGAAGAGAAUUUCUAAGAAGGUACUUUCCUGAAGAUGUUCGGGGAAGAAAAGAGAUUGAAUUCUUAGAGCUGAAGCAGGGUAGUGUGACGGUGCCUGAGUAUGCUUCCAAAUUUGUUGAGCUGGCAAAGUACUACAGUCACUACAACAAUGAAGAAGCUAGUGAAUUCUCAAAUCGGAUCUUUGAAGAAGAUAACAUAAAGCUGAAGUUAUCUCACUCUCGCGAGUUGGUUGACAAAAAGGGAAAUAAGCCUAUGGAUAGAGGUAAGCCAUAUGGCAAAGGUAAUCUGAAAGCUAGUGGUUGGGAAAGGCCUAGUGGGGGAGAAUCUAGUGCUCCUGUUAGGUGCUAUAGGUGUGGGGAAGCUGGACAUCGCAUCCAUGAGUGCAAGAGUGAAGAGAAGAAGUGUUAUAGGGGUGGUCAUAUCAGUCCACAGUGCACUAAGCCAAGGAAGAAUCAGUCUGGUGGAAAAGUAUUUGCUUUGUCUGGGUCAGAGAUUACUCCUGAAGAUCGAUUGACUAAAGCUGUCGGUGUUGAGGAUUUGGCGAUGAUUGCUAGACAGGUGAGCGAGGCGGUUAAAGACGGGGCUGCCGUGUUCAUGUUAUUUGCAUCCAUGGAAGUGAAAGGAAAAUCUGUAAGUAGUGAAUUACCGGUUGUGCGAGACUUUCCGGAAGUUUUUCCAGAAGACGUUAGAGAAUUGCCACCUGAGAGAGAGAAGUGA